AUGUUUCGACCAAGCACUGUCCUUUCUCGCUCGAGACGCCUAGCAGCCACAUUGGCUCAAGCUAGUCACAGUGGAAACAGCACACAAACAACAACGGCGGCAGCAAAGGCUUCCACACGGUACCUUCAUCAAGUAGCCUCUGCGGCAUCUGGCAACAACUCGAUCCAUAACAGCAGCAAUCUUCACGGAAACAAGAGCAAGAGCAUUGAUCAAUUUCCCACUGCCAGUCAUCAGCAACCACAAUACCGAACCGUCUUUGUUCAGACUGAAAAUACUCCCAAUCCUGAAUCCAUCAAGUUUGUUCCCACCAACACGGUCGUGCUGGAAGACGAUGGGACUGGCAAUGGUUACUUUGUCAAUAAGAGUGAUCCCAUGGAGGACAUUCUCAAGAGUCCCCUUUGCACGGAACUCUUCAAAAUUGAUGGCGUCAAGGCUGUCUAUUUGGGAAACACCUUUGUGACGGUUACCAAAUUUGCCGAAGCCAAGUGGCAAUUCAUGCGCCCCGACAUUUUUUCGUGUUUGAUGGACUUUUUCGAAUCGGGACAAUCCGCUCUCGUGGACCAACCCAUUAUUACGGAUACUACCAUUAUGGAUGAUGAUGAUGAAAUCGUGGCCAUGAUUAAAGAAUUGAUUGAGCAGCGGAUUCGACCGGCCGUGCAAGAGGAUGGAGGUGACAUUCGGUACAUUAGUUUUGAUGAACAUGAUGGUUUGGUCACGGUUCAAUUGGCGGGAUCCUGCGUGGGAUGUCCAUCGUCCAGUGUGACUUUGAAGCAAGGAGUAGAAAAUAUGCUCAUGCACUACAUUCCUGAAGUGACCAGUGUGGUGGCUCUGGAAGAGGAAGAAGAGGAUGGUGAAGGCAAUGAAGUGGAAGAAGUCAAGACGCAAAAGUCAUAUGAAGAACGAUUGGCAGCAGCGGGAAUUCCAUUUUCAAAUUAA